AUCGCGGAUGCCAGAGCAGAAUAGACCUAGUCGAGAGACAGACCCAUUCACACUCAGCCAAAGCGAAUAAAGGAGAGGGGUAGUGGGAGAGAUAAGGAGAGGUGGUUUUACGCGUUGUCAGUGUGGUUUUCAGCUUCGGAAAAAGAGCUACUGUAAGAAGAGGAGGACUCGCAAUAUUGGGCACUAAGAAUAAGAAAAAAACGCGUUAUCCCGUUCUGCUGGUGCUGCGGCUCGUGAGCGCAUUCUCUGCUCGGUUUGGAAUACAAUGUGUCUGCAUGAGACCAUGGAGAUACGGAGUGGAUUUAUCAAAGAGCACUUCGACAGUUUAUGAACAAAACUGGACCUCUCUUUUUCUACGGCAUUUUGUCCCCCUUUUUCGUUGGGAUUGUGUUUUUUUCUGUAUUUUUUCCGUUUGCAUAUUUUCGUUUGAUUUAUGGUGUUUUAUGAUUUCAUGUCAUAUAUUUUUUUUUUACUAUUUCGGUUUUUACUUUUCAUCGGUUUUGGAGGAGAGCUGGAUUGACUCGUCGUGAAGAUUUGUGGACAGAAGAUUCCGCGUCGCUCAUGUGAAUGAUAUUCUAUCUUCCCAACUGAGACGUGCCAUGGAUGGAAAACUUAAUUUGCAUCAACGAAACCGAUCGGGAAAUAUCCGUUACAUCGAAUAACUACUGCUAACAGCAAUCAGGACGAAUGACAUAGGAUGAACACUACUGGCGGGGUGUGUCUGUGUGUGCUGUCGUCCCUCCUCAGUGUGGCCUGGGCCGUGGCUGCUCUAGUUCCUCUAGCUCUAGCUCCUCUUUCUACCCUGGCCGCUGCCUAUGGGGCUGCCAGUGGCGUCUCUCCCAGGGAGGCAGAGGGGGGCAGCCUCCCCUCCCAGUGCUCCAGCCUGGUAGCAGGGGUACUGUAUGGAUCUUUCUCUCUGAGAGAGCUGUUCCCGUCCCGGGUGCCGGGCUGUUCCUGGUCGUUGGAGAACCCCGAUCCCACCAAGUAUUCCCUCUAUCUCCGAUUCACCCGUCACCCCUCCAUCUGUCAAUCACACUCCCCCAUGCUCCUCCCACUCGACCAUCAUCUAGCCAAUCAGAGCUGCCCGCUGGAUCUACAGACAUCAACUCAGGACGUGAUAGACCUUUGCGGCAGCCAAUUAGAAUCGGAAGGACCAUAUUCAUUUUUACAGUUCGACAAGAACUUUGUUGAGCUAUGCCUGUCGAGACUACCGUCACCUGAUGAACCGCCGGUAACCAAGGAAACGCUAGAACUCCGGCUAGUCGAGGUUUUGCUAAUCAACAAUGAGAACUCCAGCCAGUUCACCUGUGGAGUACUCUGCAGAUGGUUUGAGGAGUGCCUGCGCAAUGGUCGUCAUGGAGACGGUGACGCUGCUGACGGUGACGGUUGCAGAGUUACUCAGACGGGGUGUGUGUGUCCCAACAACAAUGUGAUCAUGGCUCAGCCUGUACCCCUUCUCCCGUCAACGCCCCAUAACAACGGAUCGCUGUUACCUGAGGAUUGCUGCGUCACAGAGCUGCACCAUAACAAUGCCAUUGCCAUAGCCCCCAGGGACGUCAGACAAGAUCCCUACUCAGAUGAUGAUGAUGAUGACCUGAAGGUGAAGACACAGAGACCCAGAUCAGCAGACCAGCCAGGUGUGUUUCAGGCACAGACAGGUGACCCUGCGGCGGAGGAGUGGUCUCAGUGGAGUGUGUGUUCGUUAACAUGUGGUCAGGGUUGGCAGGUGAGGACGCGCUCGUGUGUGUCCUCUCCCUACGGCACCCUGUGUAGUGGCGCCCUGAGAGAGACACGUAUGUGUAACAAUACCGCCACCUGCCCCGGUGACCCAGCACUGAGCUCAGUCCAUGGGCUGUGGGAGGAGUGGUCGUCAUGGAGCCUUUGUUCUGUCACGUGUGGCCGGGGCUCCAGGACCCGAACCAGGAACUGUGUGAGCGGAGGAGAGGCCAAGCUCUGUGGAGGGCCUGAGAAACAGACCAAACUCUGCAACAUAACAGUGUGUCCCGUGGAGGGUCAGUGGUUGGACUGGGCUCCGUGGUCUAGAUGCAGUGUAACCUGUUCCACAGGGAGCCAGCAGAGACAGAGGAGGUGUAGUGCAUCGGUGCACGUCUGGGCAGAGUGUAAGGGACCACACCAGGAGACCAGGGAAUGUACCAACCCAUCCUGUGGUGGUGGGGGUAACUGGGGCAGCUGGAACCACUGGAGUCUGUGCAGUAAGACGUGUGACUCAGGGUGGCAGCGUCGCUUCAGGAUGUGUGAGGGGACAGGGAUACAGGGUUACCCCUGUGACGGCUCCGGAGAGGAGGUCCGCUCCUGCAAUGACAAGAAGUGCCCCGCACCUCAUGAGAUCUGUAGAGACGAGUACCUUGUAGCCAUGACCUGGAAAAGUGCCUCGGCUGGAGAAACAGUCUACAACAAGUGUCCGACUAACGCCACUGGAUCUGCAAGUCGUCGUUGCUUGCUGGACGCUAAUGGAGUUGCUUACUGGGGUCCUCCGAGCUUCGCCAGAUGCGUCUCGAUGGAAUUCAGAUAUUUACAUUUAUCUUUGCGAGAGCAUCUUGCGAAGGGUCAGAGGACCCUGGCUGGAGAGGGCAUGUCUCAGGUCGUGAGGAAUCUCCUGGAUCUCUUACAGAGGAGGAGCUACUACAGUGGUGACCUCCUGUUCUCCACGGAGAUUCUCCGAAAUGUGACGGACACCUUCAAGAGAGCAACCUACAUCCCAGUACCCGACGACGCUCAGAAAUUCUUCCAGGUAGUCAGCUAUAUGUUGGACAUGGAAAAUAUAGAGAAAUGGGAAGACGCUCACCAGGUUUCUCCUGGUGCGGCCCAUCUCAUGCGUAUAUUGGAGGACUUCAUCCAUCUGAUAGGAGAUGAUCAGAAACCCUUCCAGAGUUUCCUGGUGGUCACCAACAACCUCAUGAUAACAAUACAGCGAGAGCCCGUGACAGCGGUGUCCAGUGACAUCAACUUCCCCAUGAAGGGUAGGAGGGGUAUGAAGGACUGGGCUCGAUCUGCUGAAGACAAACUCUACAUCCCCAAAGAAGUCUUCACCCUCACCUCUGAUGAAACAGAAACAGAGACUUCAUAUUUUGUCAUCGGAGCCAUCCUGUAUCGGACCUUAGGAGUCAUCCUACCUGCCCCCAAUGCCCCUGCUGUGAUCAACUCAAAGAUUCUGACGGUGACGGUCAGACCAGAACCCAAACCCAGUGAACCCAUGGUAGUGGUGGAGCUGUCCCCGCUGCUCAAUGGCACAUCAGAUCCUCAGUGUGUUGUCUGGGACUAUGGGAACCCGGAAGCUGGCGCUAAGAACUGGGACACCGAGGGCUGCCAAACACUCACGUCUGCCGCCGUCCACACUAAAUGCCUGUGCAGCAGGAUCUCAACCUACGCUGUGCUAGCGCAACAAGCUAAAGACCCGGAAAUGGGUCCGUCCAGUAUGCCCUCUGUGCCCCUCAUGGUGGGCUGUGGGGUCUCCUGCAGCGCUCUGCUUAUCCUGUUGCUCAUCUAUGCUGCCUUCUGGAGGUAUAUUCGUUCAGAGAGGUCUAUCAUCUUGGUCAAUUUUUGUCUCUCCAUCCUGGCCUCCAACAUCUUGAUACUGGUUGGACAGUCCCAGACACUCAGCAAGGGCCUGUGUACUGUGACUGCUGCUUUCCUUCAUUUCUUCUUCUUGGCAUCGUUCUGCUGGGUAUUGACAGAGGCGUGGCAGUCUUACCUGGCUGUGAUUGGCAAGAUGAGGACACGCCUCAUACGCAAACGCUUCCUGUGCCUGGGCUGGGGUCUCCCAGCCCUGGUAGUUGCUGUGUCAGUAGGUUUCACUAGAGCCAGAGGUUACGGUACACCCAGCUAUUGUUGGCUGUCCUUGGAGGGCGGACUUCUCUACGCCUUUGUCGGUCCUGCAGCCGUCAUCGUAUUGGUGAACAUGCUGAUUGGUAUUGUGGUCUUCAACAAGCUCAUGUCUCGAGAUGGCAUCUCGGACAAGUCUAAAAAGCAAAGAGCUGGUCCACCGCUGGAGGCGUCGCGUAGCAGACUGCUCCUGAAAUGCUCCAAGUGUGGUGUGAUCUCAAGUACAGCUAUGUCCAGCUCUACAGCCAGCAGCGCCAUGGCAUCCCUGUGGAGUUCCUGUGUAGUUCUCCCUCUGCUGGCUCUGACUUGGAUGUCUGCUGUGUUGGCCAUCACCGACCGCCGCUCCACACUGUUCCAGGUGCUGUUUGCUGUCUUUGACUCUGUCCAGGGCUUUGUCAUCAUUACUGUGCACUGUGUCAUGCGCCGCGAGGUCCAGGACGCAGUGCGCUGUCGGAUGGGGGGAUGUAAAGAUGACAGCGAGAACUCACCGGACUCAUGCAAGAACGGACAGGUGCAGAUCAUGAAGUGUCAGAACAUGUCCUACUGCGGGCAGCAGUGUGGCUCUCUGCGCUACAGCACUGGCACUGGAGCUUCUCCAUGCCCGUCAUCGUCAUGCCAACAACAGUCACCAUGCCUGCCACCAUUCCACCCUCACCAGGGCUGUCAACACAGCUGCCAACAAGGCUGUUACCACAGCCUGCCCCACAACAACCACAUGAACCAUGAGCGCAUGAGCCACACCCUCAACCAUGCCCAUAACCAAGCUUACAACCACAACCAUGGACAUAACCACAACCAGUACUCCAACAGCAAAUCAACGGACUUUGAAAAAGAUGUGGACCUGGCGUGUCAAACAGAAAGAGGACACCCAUUCAUCUUCAAGGAGGUGAACACCUGUAAUCCAGCAACCAUCACCGGGACCCUCUCCCGAAUCUCCCUUGAUGAAGAGGACGACCCUAAACUGGCGACCCACCAGGAGGGGGGUUUAGGGAUCAACUUCAGCUCCCUCCCUGGAAACAUCGCCCCUCCUAACCUACUCGUUCAGGUGCCCCCGCUGGGUGUUCUGAACGAGCUGAGUGACACCCCUGUGAAGAUGGAGGUGAACAUGGAGCAGAAAAGGCAGCAUGGGAACCCCAGGAACACAGUGCCUGUAUACCUCUGCACCGAUAGCGGGCUGGGCUGGUCUCGACCGCCUCCUCCUCACAAUACCCAGGAUGGACCUAGCGGGGGAGGGGAGGGGGACUAUAUGGUGUUACCCCGUAGGACGGUCAGUCUAAAACCCCCUCCGCCCCCAGGGCUGGGGCUGGGGGGCGAGGACAAGCCCCUGAACAUCGCGGUGGACGACCCGCCUUUCCCCCCACCCCCCUCGCCCAUGACCCUCCACCCGGCAGAGAGCGAGGCCUACCCAGCCGACUUCAUCUCACCCGGCGACCACAACAUGAAUAUCGCAAUGAACAUGAACCGCUCCUACGGGACGCUCAAGCAGCUCCCCAUGCACGGGGGUCACGGACCCCAGGGCCACAUGCACGUUCCGGGAAGCCACGCGCACGGCCAUGGGCAAUCACUGCAGCUGAAGCAGGGCCAGAGGCCGUCGGUGAGGCAGAUACUAACAGGAGGGGGAGGCACCCGGACCCUGCCACGCAACCUUGGCAGCACCAACGCUAAUGCCAGCCUCUCUGCUGGCUCCCUGGAGAGGAAAAGAGUACGGUACUCUGAGCUGGACUUUGAGAAAGUGAUGCACACUCGCAAAAGACACUCUGAGCUGUACCAUGAGCUCAACCACCCCACCACCAAGUUCCACACCAUAGACAGGUAUAACAGGGACCCCGCCAUGUCCACCUUCAAGAGGGAAAAGCGAUGGAGCAUUUCGUCUGCCGGAGGUGAAAAGAACUCUUCGAGUGACAAGUCGACCCCGACCCAAGACGACCAGCACUCCUGGGACAGCUUCAAGACCAUGACCCCUGAGCUGUCCAUUGUGCCGGGGGAGCAGAAGGACAGGAUGGAGCUGCACAACAAGACCAUCUGGGACUCCUCGUCUGCCAACACACCUGACACGUCUGAGGGGGACUUCCAGACUGAAGUGUGAUGAGACAGAGAAACACACACACACACACACACACACACACACACACACACACACACACACACACACACACACACACACACACACACACACACACACACACACACACACACACACACACACACACACACACACACACACACACACACACACACACACACAGUUUCAAGCGUAGACUAACAGGUAGCCACAUGUACAUACAUAGACAGACACACAGCACUCCUCCAAACCGCUCUUCACAUCCUAAAAUCUGCUCUCUAAAGGAUGAUAUAAUUUGUUUACUGCAAAUGUGGACAAGGACAAAGCAAAGACAACUGUUCUCUUCUAUAUUUUCAAACAGACUUUAAAUGAGAGAACAGGGGCUUGAAAGAGACUUGGGGACUGAGAAACUGAGACAUUUUUAAAUGGACAAAAAAACAAACAAAACUUUGUGAAAAAUGUCUUGAUUUUAUUCACUGGAAAAAAGGAUUCUCUUUCACCUGUUUGAUGAUUUGAAAAAAAAUGAAUAUUUCUGCACCGUUCUGUUCUUUUUAUAGAGAAGAAAUCUCACUGAUGUUUGGCACACUGUUAAACCCCUUAGGCUCCCUCUCUUCAUUUCUCUCCUUCUUUCCCUUCUAAUGGAUGACGCAAGCACUCGUUUUUUCUUCUGCUUUUUUGGAGGGGUUGGGGAGGGGCAAGUAAGGAGUAAGAACGGAUCAUUGACAUGUGACCUCUGCUUUUGCAGAGUCUCACACUCUUCUCUCGUCAUCCUUUUUCAAUGUCUUGUUUUUUCUUUUUGUAUUGUUAUGAUUUUAGUUAUGAUGUCCCUUCUCUUUGGUUCAAUUUGUUUUUAGCAACAAAAACAAUUUGUGACAAUUUGUGUUCUUGGAAUCUAAACAACUGAGUCUGUUGUUGUCUCAUUGUCUAUCUCUUAUAUGGAAGUCCUCUUUAAUUUUGAGUUUCCGUUCGUGCUUGUGCUGCCUUUUCCAUGCUGAAUUUGAAAGAGUGAUUUAUUACCCAUCUGUGAUACGUGAGCUUUGCUUUCUGAGGCAACAUGUUCUCAACAGUACACCUGUGGGAAUUGAGCGAAGGGUAUCAUCCAGAUUCACGCACAUUUCCAUCGCUCUUUUUCCAGUUCAGUAAAAAAAGUAUUUCAAAGUCUUGAAACAUUUGAAUCAAUUACAGACAGAACCAACCAAAGCUGUCUUUCUGUCAGGAGAGUGUAGCCUAUCUGAAAGUGUUGCUGUAGUAUUUCCCUUCCCUCCAUAUGGAUCCCAGGUCUUGUUAUAACUGUAUUUGAAUUCUUCUUACUCCCACUGCUUUAGGUGCUGUAUCGAUCACUGUGCCAUGCAUCUGCUCUCAGCCCCUCAAGAAAACAGGGAAAUAAAGUCAUCUAUAGUUUCAUAUGGACACCCAAGGUGCAUCUGCUCUCAGCCCCUCAAGAAAACAGGGAAAUAAAGUCAUCUAUAGUUUCAUAUGCAAACACCCAAGGUGCUUUUGCUACUCAGCUUGUCCGUAGUUGUCUUUGUUGUGAAUGAAAGAAGCAAAACAAGGAAUAGGUGGAUAGUUAGGAUAGCAACUCAACCCAAAUGUUCCACUUUGGUCAGAAACGCCGACAGGGCUUUUGUGGAAAAUGUAGACAGGUGUGAAAUCAAAGUAUAUCACCAAACAUGUUCAUUGUAUUGCCCUCUCUCUCUCUCUCUCUCUCUCUCUCUCUCUCUCUCUCUCUCUCUCUCUCUCUCUCUCUCUCUCUCUCUCUCUCUCUCUCGCUUUCGCUCUCGCUCUCGCUCUCUUCCUCUUUCUCCCUCUCUAUUCUAUUCUUCUCUCUCUGUUUAUCUCUCUCACUCGCAGUCUGUCUCACUGUUUCUCUCACUCUCGCAUUCCUCACUCCACCAUGGAUCAUGAAAUCUUCAUGUAACAGUGUAGUCCUUUCUAUCAGCCUUUCUAUCAGUGCACUAAAUAGGCAAUAGAGUGCCAUUUGGGACGCAGGCAAAUCACUUUUGAGUUGACUACAUAAAGUUCACUUUGUUUUCAAAAUGGAAAACAUCAGACACAAAAAAACACCCACACCUGACUGUUUUAAUACUACACUCUUAGAAAAAAAGGUGCCAUCUAGAAACUUAAAGGCUUCUUCGGCUGUCCCCUUAGGAGGAUCAUUGAAAAAACAUUUUUGGUUGCAGGUAGAAUCAUUAUGCGUUCCAUGUAGAACUCUUUCUACAGACGGUCUACAUGCACCCCAAAAGAGUUCGACCUGGAACCAAAAAAGGGUUCUCCUGUGGGGAAAAAUGUUUUUGGAACCCUUUUUUCAAAGAGUAAAUAGCACCCAUCCACUAAUUCACUAUACUCUUGACUCGCCACUCCAUUCACUAAGCACUGAGAGUUGGUUAGAGAGAUGAGGUGUUUUUAAGGUAUACCUCCUGGAGGGCACAUCUCCAGAGUUAGUCCUUACACACUCCUUAGCAGAUGUGCAAUACCUCCCAAGUAGACUAGGGCUGUGGAGACCAGUCUCACUUGUCUCUAGUAUAUGAGAGAAAGAGAGAGAGGAGGGAUGAGAAAGAGAACAAGUGAGAUUGACAGAAUACAAUGAGAGAAAAGAGAGUGAUAUACAAUCAGUGAGAGAAAGAGUUAUAGAGUGAGAGUAAGGGAGAGCUAAAUAGGUAGAGAGUGAGAGAACUAGCGAUGGAGAGUAGUCGUGAGCUCUGACAGUAAUUAUCCAGGGGAAUGUCCUGACAUUUGUCCUGACAUUUUCCGAGGCUGCCCUCAAACCAUCUGUGUAAAGAUCCCUAAUGGUACAGCGUGGAACACACACGCAGAUGGCAAGACAAGAGAGCCUGCCUCUCCAACCUUUCUCGCUAAUCAGCUGAUAUGCAGCUCUAGUCGCCCCAGACGCUGAUCUAAGGUCAGUUUUGCAUUACCUCUCCCUAAUGGUUUGGGUUGGAAAUGUGGGCAGGGUAAACUGAUCCCAGAUCAUUUUCUAAUGGCUACUUGUCUCCGACUCAUCAUACAACUGUGAAGGGAACGUUUCUGAUAGGUACUCACACAGAGGAACGGCUGAUGGUAUCCUAAUCCUUGUUCUGUCCUAAUCUUAAUACCAAAUGCCAUUACCAGGUUGAUAAAUACCACACUAGAGAGACAGGUAAGUGAGAGAGUGGGGAUGCAACUUCCUGAAUUGACAAACUUCUACAGAUCCUCAAGAUCACUAGUGUUUAAAUUGGUCCAUGAUCAUGUGACUGUUCCUAAAUCUGUUUCAUUUCAUCAAUCAGUGUCCACUUCCUUGGUGAUCACCUCUGAUCUUUUCUGGGCGACCAGAAAACCCCUCUGAUUAAUACAGAAGAGAACUUCUCUAACUCUAAAGUGAUGUGUUGGGUUAGUUUGUUUGUCAUGGGCUUUUGAAAAGUUUCAGACUAUGACUAUACAAUCUGUCAACGAGAACUUCAUUAAACUUCAAAACAGUGAAUCCUGUAAAGAUUUAGUGAAUUGCACAGAUGACGUAUUGAAAGCAGUAUGUUUGAAAAUGAUCUUCAGAGUGUGUGGUUUGAGAGGAACAGAAACAGAACCUCUGAUCUUGGACUACAGAGGUUACCCUCCAACCUACCAUGCUUGAGAUGUUGACCUAGCUUCUCAUACAACCAUCAACGCUCUCCCACUGGUGUUGCAAAAGAAAGUCCCUCCUUCCUUUUCCUCCCACAUUCAUGUUUGUUUUUAUACAUAAGACUGUACAAAGUAGUCCUCUGUUUUCAUAGAAUGUCUUUUUUAUAUGAAAAUAAAUUUUCAAAUUGA